AUGGACAGCAAGGCAAGUCAAAUCAUCAAUCACUCGCAGCUCUACCUCAGUCCCUCAUCAUCGCGCCGUGCUGACCGCCUGCACCACCACAUCCUUUGUUUCCAAUGCGUCGUGACUCAUGAACCAGCAUCGAACCCCGCCGUCCAACCUAGCGCGUUUUCGUUCCUCCAUGCGUCGCCGGCAUCGAUUUGGCGAGAACGCUCGCGGUGGCCGCCGUCCGUCGGCGAUGGGCGGACUCUGCUCCAAGGAGGGCAUGUGGAGGCGCCGCCUGCCGCCCCGCACCCCGUGGCGCACCUGCAGAAGGCGUCAAGCCAGUCCCUCAAGCAGCUCAUCACGCUCACCGCCAAGGAGGAGGACGCUGUCGUCGUGCACGCCGACGCCAAGGCUAACGGCGGCAUCGUCGUGCCCGCUCUGGCCAAAGAGGCCGUGGAGAUGACCGCGCCUCCCGUGGUGGUCAUCACGUCCCUCAGCAAAUCCUACAGCCCCACCGGGGCGCCCACGCACCACCGGUGCGCCACGGUGGACAUCGGCGGGGACAACAGCAGCGCGGCCGCGGACUGUGGCGGCGGCACGCAGGCGCAGCAGGUGAUCUCCAGCGUGCCGCAGGGGUUCUCCGGCGAGCACGUCAUCGCCGGAUGGCCCUCCUGGCUGACGUCCGUCGCCGAAGAGAUCGCGAGGGUGGCUGCCCCGCCGUGCCGACACGUUCGAGUGGCUGGACAAGAUCGGGCAGGGCACGUACAGCAACGUGUACAAGGCGCGGGACCUGCAGAGCGUCAAGAUCGUGGCGCUGAAGCGGGUGCGCUUCGUCGACAUGGACCCGGAGAGCGUGCGGUUCAUGGCGCGGGACUGCGGGAGAUCCACAUCCUCCGGCGGCUUGACCACCCCAACCGCUUCACGGAGCCGCAGGUCAAGUGCUUCAUGCGCCAGAUCCUCGAGGGCCUGCGCCACUGCCACGCGCGCGGAGUCUUGCACCGGGACAUCAAGGGCUCCAACCUCCUCAAGUCCUCAUCGGCGACAACGGCAUGCUACGGAUCGCCGACAUCGGGCUCGCCAGUCGCCACCUUCUUCGACCCCGGCAAGACGCAACCCAUGACCAGCCGCGUCGUCACGCUCUGGUACCGCCCGCCGGAGCUCCUGCUCGGCCCCACCGAGUACCGCGUCGCCGUGGACCUGAGGAACACCGGCUGCAUCCUCGCCGAGCUGCUCGCGGGCAAGUCCAUCAUGCCCGGCCAGACCGAGAUCGAGCAGCUGCACAGGAUCUUCAAGCUCUGCGGCUCGCUGUCCGAGGACUACUAG